GUACCCGGAUAUUGGGAGGCGUUCUCGUCGCUUCCUUUCCACUCCGAGCGCUCUUCAGAGGCACCGGCCGGGUGACAGGAAGGAAGAAAAGACGGACCUGCGCGAGGAAGGCGGCAGGGCGCGUGCACGGGCGCGCGAGACAAGGGAAGGGGGGCGCGCGCGCGGUCGCUCGCUCGCUCGUCAGACGACUUUUUGUUGUUGUUCCGGAGGCGCCCUCGCUCGUGUUCCUCCAAACGCCCGAUAUCUGCGGGGCUUCCUUCUAAGGAGAUAUAUAACACUCUCUUUGGAUGCAAAUGUAUGAGGAAUGUGUUUUUCACAGAUCAUAACAUUUCUUCUACUGAGACAAGGUGCACUUAUAAAACAGUACCUAGAUGGCAGCACAGAAAAGAAAAUCUGUGCAAGUUGAGCCCCCUGCUAAACGGCAGAAAUUGGAUAAGAAUAGUAAACUGGUAACGAGUAGAAAAGAAGGAAAAUCACUCACCGGCAAACAUGUAUCUGAUAAAAAUACGGUGCUGAAGAAAAAAUUGCAUAAAACAGCUACCAAAACUGACCAGUCAUUUGUCAAUAAAAGCAGUUCUUCUAUACUCUCCUCCCAGAAUAAACGAGCAAAGAACUGUAAGCAGAUUUUAAACAAAUUGAAAAAGAAAACAGGUAAAACAUGUAUGACAAGAACGUCCCUAAAACUGUUGGGUAAAUUAUCUCCUACAAAGAUAACACUGAAAUCUUCCAAAAUAAGCCAUAAUAACCAUCUCAAUUCUACAAGGUCCUUGCCAAAGAUUUGUUCUAGAAGGAAGAGAAAACUCAGUGUUGUCAAAAAUAAAACUUGUCAUGGAAGCAAGACGCAAAAGAAGUCACCUGCAGAUACAAGCAAGUGUUUUACUGAAACUCUGCGUAAGAAAUGUUCAGUAUUGCCCAUUAAAACUACUCACAAGAUCCAGUGUUCCAAAACAAAAGUGAUGAAGGAAAACUCCAGAAAAGAGAGAACUAGCAAAACUGAUAAAGUUCUUAAAAGUAGCAAUGAUGAUUUAGAGGCUCAGAAUUCCAAACGUUCUUGUGAAAAAAACCCCACUUUUCAAAGCAAUGAAGCAACAUGGACUAAAACCUCUGAUAAUAAAAAGCCUUGUGAUGCUAACCAGGAAAGAAGAACUACAAGGUCAAUGGUUACUAAUUCUAAAAAAAAUUCCACUAGAGUUAAACAUAAACAAGAUCAGUUACAUUUCACAAAAAACAAGCAUGUGUCUCAGAAAGAGGUUCAGGACCUUCCUAAAUUACAACGUAGUGCUUCAUGUGAUGAGUUUCAAACUCGGAGAUCAGUAAGACUGAAACCGUCGCUUAAUGUACAAUCUUCGCAUAAUGGGAAAAAUAAAGGACAUGUUUCUAUUAGGACACAGAGCGCACAAAUGAAAAAACGCAUCCCAAAUGUUAAAAAAUCUCCCCAGCAGAAAAUGGAACACAAGCUUUUGAAAAAUGAUGACUGCAAAGAAAAAGACAGUGAAGUAUUAAGUUGUGAGAAAAAAUCUGCAGUAGAUUCUAAAACCAGUGAUUUCCCUACAUCUCAAGAUAAGCAAGAAAAAUCAGGAAAUCAAAACAGCAAUAUCAAAGAAUCUAGAAAUAAAUCUGCCAACACAGUUUCUUGCACUGUAACAUCUUGUAGUGUGAAAAGCAAAGAAAAGCAAGUGAUGCAUAGAAAUGGAAAAAUCAAUGUAAAAGCUAAGAGAGUGUUGCCAGCAUCUUCAAGUCCAAAACCUGCUUGUCAACAAGAGGAUGCAAUGAAAACCAAAAAGAUUAGCAUUCUUGAACUGUGUGAGGAAAUUGCAGGUGAGAUUGAGUCAGACACAGUGGAGGUAAAAAGAGAUUCUCCUGAGCAUGGAAAAGAAGAGAGGGCGAGAGUAGAGGAGUUGCCACAAGCUGCAGUAUCUGCUGAAGAAGAAACGAAUCAGAAUUCUCAACGUAAACGAUUUUUCCCCAGCAAAAAAGGAAUACCUGUCAAAUGUACAGUGAAUGGCAGACAUAAUGGUGCAAACAAAAACUCUAAAUGGACAAAAAUAAAGUUAAAAAAGAGGAAUCAUGUGAGCCAAAACAUAUCAAAUUCCCAAAGUACACCUAAACAUGGUAUUUUAAAACCUAGCAUUCCAGUGGGAGAACAAGGAAGAACUGCAGAAAUACACCUUCCAGAAGAAGGCCAAAUAAAAUUGAUACAGUCACAAAACAAAGGUAAUGCAGCAUGUGAUCAAAAGUUGGAUACCACUUCCCCUGCAGGAGGCCAGGUUAAAGAUAAGAUGUCCAAUGAUAAACUGUCUGUACAGGGUAUAAAAAAUGGAUUAUUGGAGGCGACGGCUUGUUCUGAACCAGCUCCAGAUGAGAGCUUCAACUUGCAACUGGAGUUAAGUCCAGAAAAUACACCAGUGAAAACAAUUGCUGGACAAUUGUCAGCAAAGCAGGUCAUAAGAAAUACAGCAGAGAUCAAAUCAGCAGAUCCAGUUUCCGGACAGUUGGUUCGAACACUGUUCACAAAUAAAACUUCUGAGACAAACGAGAACCGAACUUGUCUGCCAAAGAUUUUAUUAACAUCAAAAUGUGGCGGCUUCCCUUCAUCUGAAGAACAUAUUCAGAAACUGAAAGAGGCAGCAAAAGAUAGCGACAAGCAGCUUAUCAUCGAUGCAGGACAAAAACGGUUUGGAGCAAUUUCCUGCAAUGUUUGUGGAAUGCUUUACACUGCUUCAAAUCCUGAGGAUGAAACUCAGCAUUUAUUCUUCCAUAACCAGUUCAUAAGUGCUGUAAAAUAUGUGGGCUGGAAAAAAGAGAGAAUUUUGGCAGAAUAUCCUGAUGGCAAGAUAAUAAUGGUACUUCCUGAUGAUCCAAAAUAUGCUCUGAGGAAGAUUGAUGAGAUCAGAGAGAUGGUAGAUAAUGACCUUGGAUUUCAACAAGCUCCUGUUACAUGUUCCAGAACUAAAACACUACUAUUUAUUUCAAAUGAUAAAAAAGUAACUGGCUGCUUAAUUGCAGAGCAUAUCCAGUGGGGCUACAGAGUUAUUGAAGAAAAAAUUCCAGAAGUCAGUACAGAAAAUGAGAAAGUCACUUUUGAAAGACAAAAAGCAUGGUGCUGCUCUACAUCCCCGGAGCCUGCUCUCUGUGGCAUUAGUCGUAUCUGGGUGUUUAGCAUGAUGCGUCGGAAAAAAAUAGCUUCUCGGAUGUUGGAGUGUUUGAGGAGCAACUUCAUAUAUGGUUCAUACUUGAGCAAAGAAGAAAUCGCAUUUUCUGAUCCCACGCCCGAUGGGAAACUGUUUGCAACACGAUACUUUGGCACUAGUCAGUUCCUGGUGUAUAAUUUUCUCAGCGGUCAGCAACCCAUUUCAAGGUGAAGUUUUAUAGCAAAAGAUAAAGAAAACCUGUUGCCUGGCUAUGGAUGUUGACCAAGAGAAUGGGACACCUAUUAAGCAGUGAACUCAGGAGUAGUAACAACCAAAAGGUGGUUGUUAUAUUUUAUUAAAACUGUAAAGAGUGCAGAUGUAGGGUGGCUUUUUGAGAAGUUAUUUUUUUUAUAAAAGAUUGUAUGUAUUAUCUAUAGUAACUUAGUCAUGUUUACAUGCAGCGUAUAAUUGUUCAUAGUGGACUGUCUACUAGUGCAAGAGCUGUGGUCACCUUUUAGGUACAUUUUGAAGUUCACAGAGUAAUAAUAUACCAGGGCAGUGAAAGUGUGCUUUUGAUUAAAAGCUUGUCAUUUUUGGUAUAGCAGUGAAGGUGCUGCACUGUCAAUAAAUGAUACCUAAUAUCAAAAAUGGUCCAAGACAAUUAGCACAUUGUUUCAGUAUGCAUCUGAAUCUUAUUUUUAAAAGGCAGGAGCCAUAGAGACUAACCUCUAAAGGGGGAAUGUGUUCUCAGUUUGUUCAGCUAUAGCAUAUUGGAUAUAUACAUUCAUCUGUGGACUUCACUUUGUUACUUUAACCCAAACCCCUCCAGUUUCAGAGGGGGCUUAUGAUGAAAUAACUACUGUGGCCUUUCUUGACCUGUAUAUAAUGUAGAUUAAGACUAAGCUAUUUGAUAAAAAUUUUUAAUAAUGUACUAAUGAUGAAUACAUUUAAGCAGUUACUUUGAUAUGGUUGAAUAUUAAAAACUGAUUGAAACAGAA